GAUUUUCCUUCCAGCUUCUCUAUAAUGUGCUUGUGUUGGGGGUUUCUGUGACUGUGAGGACCAGAGCAUGAACAAACUAAGCCAAGGGAAGGAGAGAGAAAAGUGGGAAAAAACUAGUAUAUCAGAAGAAGAAGAAGAGAGAGUAAAGCGAAAAGCCCAUAUGCUUUUGGAUUUGUUUGACUCUACCAAAACCCAAGUCCACGUUGGUACAAAAAGCUAAAACCUCACCCUCUCUUUCUCACCUCCAAAUUUGACACUUAUAUGACAUAUCUGCAAGUUCAUACUAAACACGUUUUACCAAUUAUUUAUCAAGAUUUGAGCUUCUAGUAUCUGAUGCAGAGUCAAGGGUCAUAUUCCAUUUUUAUUCUCCAGAAUGGGUAAAUAGAGAUGCUCAAUUUUGAUUUCAAGCUUACAAUUCGGGGGCGAAAAGAUGAGCUUCAGUAGCUCUAGUGGAGGUUCUGGUAGUAGGGCGAGGACAUUUGAGUUUGGAAGGACCCAUGUGGUCAGGCCUAAAGGUAAACACCAAGCUACUAUAGUUUGGCUACACGGUCUUGGCGAUAAGGGCUCAAGCUGGUCCCAGCUCUUGGAAACUCUUCCUCUUCCAAAUAUUAAGUGGAUUUGUCCAACUGCUCCUACUCGACCAGUUGCUAUAUUUGGUGGAUUUCCUUGCACUGCUUGGUUUGAUGUAGGAGAUAUUUCGGAAGAUGCUCCUGAUGAUUUGGAGGGGUUAGAUGCUUCAGCAGCGCGUGUCGCAAAUCUCUUGUCAACAGAGCCCCCUGAUAUAAAACUAGGUGUUGGGGGCUUCAGUAUGGGUGCUGCAACCGCCCUAUACUCUGCAACAUGCCAUGUUUUUAGACAAUAUGGGAAUGGAAGCCCAUACCCUGUGAACCUAAGCGCAAUUGUUGGUCUUAGUGGCUGGCUUCCAUGUUCAAGAAUUUUGAAGAACCGGUUGGAACGGUCACACGAGGCUGCAAGGCAUGCAGUAUCCUUGCCCAUUUUACUCUGCCAUGGAUUAGGUGAUGAAGUAGUAGCAUAUAAUCAUGGAGAGAAAUCUGCACAAACCUUAAGUUCAGCUGGAUUUCGAAAUCUGACAUUUAGAUCUUACAAUGGGCUCGGUCACUACACGGUUCCUGAAGAGACCAAUGAGGUCUGCCACUGGCUAACUGCAACGUUGGGGCUUGAGGGCUAACAAUCAUAAUUCUGGAAAAAUUCAAUGAGCCUUGGGGUAUACAUGAAGAAAAACAUAAAAUACAUCCAUAGGGAGUAGAAGGGCGGCUUAGUUGACAUGGGGUAUAUGGUAUACUUGCAUUGCUCAAUCUCUUAGUUUUGUCUUUUCCUAAAAUAAUUUUCUCUAUGGCUAUAUCCUGUUUUCUUUGAGAUGGGUUGUUUAUCUCAUUUUGAGAUCUUUUUUCCAUAGUUGAUUGUCCUUUUGGGUUAUGGUGUAAUUCAGAACAUCCUUAUGCUGAAAAAUAAAGUAUUUUGAAGUGCAUUUUUAAAA